AUGAGACUCCACGGACUCGCGGUGCUGGUCCUGCUGGACUCGGUCUGGUCAGGUGGGUUAGUUGUUUUUUGUGAGUAAUGGGUAAAGUCAUACGAAGGAACGCUAUUCAUUUGGAUUGAAUUAACAAAAACAAUAAUUGUGUACAUUGGCUAGCGUUUCUUUGUAUGACAAAUCCUUUACAUAGCUGAUUUGUUUUUGAAAAUUGAUAUGGUGUAGGACAUACUUUGUCCUAUAAAGUAAAAAUUACACUAUCAUCUGACUCCACAUUUUUUUUCAAUUUUAUUGUAUACAAAAACCAUUUUUAAUUACUUGUCUUUUCUAAAUUUGAUGUAAAGCUUAGCAACUUUUUUCAAUAAGGUCAAAUUGAACUUAUUUAACUUUAGAAGAUCAUGUAUUGUAAGCAAAAUAACCAAAUUUUAUGUGAUUUUUAACUCUUUUCCUGAUUACACACACAGAAUCCACGAAGUUGUAAAAGCACUUUAUUUUUCGUUUACGACCUCGAGGGAAUAAUUUUAUCAAGUUUUUGCUUUUUCGAUUUCUAUAAUCCAAUAUUCGGAAGCAAAAAAGUUUGGAAGAACGCCAGCGAAACAUCACAAUAGAAUCUGGCUUCUAGUUUAUAUUUAAAUAAAGCGUAUAGUAACAUAAUCACAACAAAUGUGACGCAAAUGUGCCAAUAAAAUAUUAUAUAAAUGUUAGAUCUUUCAAUUUUAGUUCUAUCACUAUGCUCCUGCACCCUUCGACAUAUCCAUCUGAAUGCCUUCGAACCUCAACGAUCUAUAUUUUCUCCAGAAUACCCUCGACCUUACUGUGGGAACAUUGACUGUUUAUGGAUUAUUGAUGCUCCAUCUAAUCAGUCAGUGUUACGAUUCUACUCUCCUAAAGUUGAUCUCCGAGCACGUCGAGAUUCGAUCAGAUUCUACGAUUCGCACGAUCUUGACGAGCAGAAACAUCUACGAAGCUACAGAAAAGACAACGCUUCUGGAGAAUGUACGAAGCGAGAAGCGUGUGAAUUCAAGGCUUCUGGGCCAAGGAUUGGAAUACGGUUUGUAACUGGGAGAGGUGUCCCUGAUAACUACGGUUUUCAAGUAAGUUGUUGUAGAUAUUAAUGUAUUGCUGUGUAUUAUCUUACUCUAUUGCGUGGCAAUGGCACAAUCUUACUUAGGUUGCAAAAUAUGACAUCGUUCCUGAAAUCAAUAUUCUACCAUAAGAUUCCUUACAAACGAUGUUCUCAUCCAUGUAAAAUAACAUAUUUCAGGCCACAGUAAGUCUUUUCAACCAUCAAUUAGGCUACGAAACCGACAGCGCUCCAGAUGACACUCUUGUAUCUUUCUGGAACUUUUUGGUUUGGGUAAUAUUGGUGUUUUGCUUAGUAGUAUUUAUAAUUGCUGUGUUUUACUUGGCCUGCUUGAAACGUGGCCAAGAAGAUAAUCGAUCUCCUCUGUUAAACAAGUCCGUCAAGGAGGAGAGUAUUCACUUGUCGAUACAUUCAGAAAACGAAAUUCCCGAAGAAAAAGCUUGA